GAUUUUAUCAGCUGCGUUCAACCAUGAAAGUGCCAAUGCGGAUUCCUCACAAACUGGAGGCCAGUCUGCUUCGUGCUUCAGGACAAUUUUAGACCCUGUCCACACUAAGUAACCGAUCUGAAGGUAUCCACACUAAAGUACUGUUUCAUGUUUAGUUGGGCUUAAUACGUACAAACACUUUUAAAUAGUCUGGUUACAGUUCCUAGUAGCGCAGUGGACUGUGGGACUUAAUAUGACAUUUUCCCACCAUAACUGAAUUUUAUGUUUACAACCCGGCACAUGUGGAUCCCUUGCCCACAAAAGACAUGGCGCUUCUUAGCAUGAACAUUGUGGCUUUGUUUCUUAAAAACACAGGUACAUUUUGUCAUAAUGUGUGCGUUUCAUUUUGAACUCUGAAGUUGACCGCUUUCAUUGCUCCUGAUAUCGUUGUGCUUUGAAUUCGGCAUCUGAUCACGUCACUUCAUGAUUCACCAUAUUGUUUCUUACCUUAUAGCUACAUGAACAACUGUUAAUAGUCAAUCCAGGUGAGAUGUUUUCAAGUGCGAUCAGUUUCCACGCAAAACUCAAACGAGGUUGAAAACCCUGCUGCCCCUGAUACUGCAUUUCCAUGUUAAUUUAGCCAUCCUGCAUUGGAUGCCAAUCCGAGCUGCCCUGGUUUUUUUUGGACCCUUUCCCAAAGCUGGAUAGGUGGAGGUACAUCACAACACUGACCAAUCAAAUGACGAGUGGGUGUAAACAUUUCAUUCACAUCUGGGGUCCAGACCUUGCUUUUCCUGCCACUGUCCACGGUAGCAUUAUCUGCAGUAAAACAUUUCAGAUUCUUUACAAAAAUGAGGAGAUAGUUGUGAAUGAUGUCAUGAUCUUCAAGGUUAAAAUGCUGCUGGAUGAAAAAAAGAUUGAAGAAUCCCUAAAUGAAAUGGAUUUUCAGCUGUCUUUAGGUCUGCAUUUUACAGAUGCAGAUUAUUCCCCUGAUGACCUGAACUCAUUACAGCUGAUCAGCAGCCGUACAUUGAAAUUGCACUUCAGUAUGCACCGUGGGCUUCAUCACCAUGUCAAUGUGAUGUUUGAUUACUUCCAUCUUUCUGUCGUAUCAGUAGCUGUUCACGGCUCUCUGGUUGCACUACAUCAGCCACUAAUAAGCUUUCCUCGUCCUGUGAAGAACACGUGGCUUAACCGGAAUGCUCCAGCUCAAUGCAAAGACUCUGUAAUUCCGACUCUAGAAAGCGUCGUAUACGGGAGCAACUACACAAAGCAGAUCUCCCCAGAUGGGAGCACAUUUGUAGUAUCGGAGAACUGCUUGCAACAUGCCUUCAGUUUCCAUUACAACCUCUGUGCCAGCUUGCUGCUUGCUUACCAGGGACUCUCUAGCUAUUUCACCAUGGUUACGAAGGAUCUCCCUUGCUGUCACAAAAUGGAACUAGCCAAGGCCAGCAUUCAAGCCCUAUAUGAACGAGUUCUCAGACGACCUUAUCCCCGAAGCCAGAGACACAUCUCCAUAGAAAAACUGGAUGUUGAUGGUCGACUUUCUGAACUCUGUGAUCAGAUUAAGCAGAAAGAGGAAAGCCCUGAUGAGCUGGCAGAGCUGAUAAACAUGAACUUGGCACAACUGUGUUCUCUUCUAAUGGCCCUCUGGGGACAGUUCCUUGAGGUGGUGUCUUUGCAGGAAGAAGUCGCAGCCUUAUUAAAACAGGAGCAUCACACGCUGAGAGUAAGAAGAUUUGGAGAGGCAUUCUUUUGCCUUGAGCACCCUAGACAGGCUGCUCUUGCAUAUCAAGAACUACAUGCUCACAGCCAUUUUCAGAUGACUACAGCGAUUAAAAACUCCACUUACUUCAGUUCUCUCCCUCCCCUACCAAUUGAAUGUGCUGAACUUGAUGGCGAUUUCAAUUUACUACCUAUCAUCUUUGAAGACAGAUACCUGGAUUCAGUCACAGAAGACCUUGAUGGACCUUGGCUUGGUGCUCAGAGUGCCAAAAGUUCUUCUAUCGCCAAUAAAUUUGAGAGGUCAGAGUCAAGAGAAUCAAGUGCCACUGGAUUCCCCAGUCCAGACCUGAAAAUAAGGCCAUCAGUGGUCUCUGGAAUGUGGCCCAAUGAAAAUGACAAACAUCAAAAAUCUAAAAAAUGCAAAAACGAAGAGCCCAACAAAUCAAAAGUAAAAGUAACAAAACUAAAGAAAACAAUGAAAACAGACAACACUAAAAAAUUAGUAAAACAGAGUUCUAAGGACUCUGUGAUUUUGGUAGGUUACAAGUGCUUGAAAGGCUCAAAUAAAGAAGACAUAUCUAAGGUUAAAGAAGGCAAGUCUUCAGUUAAUCAAGAGGAACCCGAUGCUUUAAUCACAGAAUUCACUAAUGCCGUAAGGACAUACACUAAACAGUCAAGUCAAAGUAGCGAACACCAAUUUCUUCCUUCAAACAUAGAACAAACUGUUGUAGACUCCAGAACAAUUGGUAAUGUUGAUAGCACUUGCAGCGCAAAAGGAGAAUCUAAUCUUUCAGAUUUGGUUACACUCCCUAAGCCCCAGGCCGGUGCUGGAGAUUUAGUGGUGGAAUGCAUAUCACAGCACAUAAAUGCAAAAUCUGAACUUUGCAGUCAGCAGACCAGUCAUGUAUCAGGAGUCAGGCAAAUUGAAGUUAAACCAAGUAGUAGAAAUCCUUAUCAGGGAGAGAAAGUUACAGUUAUCCUUCCAUGUCGGACCGAUGACAAACAACAAAGCACAAUCCCAGAAAUUAUACAAAAUGAACCUUUUGAUAUGGAGUUUAAAAUGCUUCCUUUAACUUCUGAAAGUUAUUCACUAUUUAAAAAAUGCACUUUACCUAGCAGUACAAAUGUCAAACCUUUGGAAAAUGCAUCGGUGUACAAACAAUCUCUUCUGUCUAAUUCUUCUGCUAAAGAGUUCCACAUAGUUGUUGGUGGAGUUUCCAUUAAGUUGCCAGAUGUCAGCACCACCUAUGCAUCAUCUCGACUUUCAGAUUCAGGAAUUGAAAGUGAGCCCAGUUCUUUUGCAACACAGCCAUGUAUUGAUAUAUCAUCAGAGCCUGUUUUGGAAAGAUGUUCUCAACAAAGUAAAAAACCUCAGCCACCACAUCUGCUGAAACCUGAAUCAAAUGUAAAGAACUUGACAGAUGGGCUAUGCACAGAGAGCACUAGUGCUUUAAGUGAAAUACAGUCAUCUCUGACAUCCAUAAACUCGCUGCCUUCGGACGAUGAGGGUGAUGAAAGUUCAAAGAUCUCUGUCAUUCCAGAGUGUCUUAUAAGUGAUAGUCGGACUCUGCAGGACAUGGCUAAAGCUGAUGAUCCUAAGUGUGAUGCUAAUAGGAAAUCCAGCAUUGUGAUCCAGGAGCAAAGUGUCAUAUUUUCAGGAUGCACAGCAACAGGAGUAACUUCCGUAGCCACUUUACACCCAUGCUCUAGAGACAAAAAAGCUGUUGAAGAUCAGGAGGAUCCAUCACAAGCACACACAGCCACUUGUUCUGAACCUCCAGAAGUUAUGACUGACACAAUAGUUCAGGAUCCCCAAAAGAUAAUUGAUUUAGGUAGACUUACCAACGAGCAUUUUAUUAAGCUAAAAUCCGAAAUUGUACAUAUUGGUGAACCCAGUGCUGCUGAAGGCUCAGGCUAUCCUGUAGAUGGUGUACAGGGCAGUCAACAGACAGAAGCAAAUAGUUACACAGAGGAGACACCAGAUAGCCCACAGGCAGCCUGUCAGACAAGUGUGAGUACAAGUAACAUUUCAACUGCGAGCAGCACAGACAUAGUGAAGCAAGGGUUGGUGGAAAAUUAUUUUGGAUCCCGGAGCAGCACCGACAUCUCGGAUAUAAGUCCGGUGGAGAGCGCCAGCACCCUGAUCAGCCCUCUGAACAACCAAGAAGGGGGCGAGGACCCUCAAGAGGAAGACGAAGAUCAUGAGAUGAUUGAGAACGGGUAUUACGAGGAAGGAGAGGGCAACAACUUUUUAAAUGGAGCGACUGGCACAGAAUAUUCCGAAUGUGAUGGUGUUGAGGAGGAUGAUAAAGCUCUCAGGUUGGAGCAGCUCAAUACGGAGUGCUACAGAGAUGUCUCCAGCCUGCCAGGGGUCUGCACCCCUCAUUGCUUGUCCUUCACAUCAGGCAUCAAAGAUUCCCCAUGCAGCGCUGGUUGCUCAAGGAGUAAGCUGGACACUAUUACAAAGCAGCCUAGCAAUGCUAUGGCUUGCUCUGCUGCUUCUAUGUGCUGGUAUGAAAGUGCCACGAAAUCGCAAAUGAUGGCUUUUGUCCAGGCUAAAGAAGAUCUAAAGCUGCUGAAACUUCCAGGCUUUGUGUAUAGUGAUGUUACUGAUCUGGCAUCAAACAUCCCUUAUUUUAGUAUGGAGGAAGAUGAAAGCUCAGGAGAGGGCAUUCAUCUGAUCAUCUGUGUGCAUGGUCUUGAUGGUAACAGUGCUGAUCUUCGGCUUGUGAAGACUUACCUUGAGUUGGGACUGCCAGGAGCUCGUAUUGAUUUCCUCAUGUCUGAGAGAAACCAGAAUGACACCUUCUCUGAUUUUGACUCCAUGACUGAUCGUCUCUUGGAUGAAAUAAUCCUGUAUAUUCAAAUAUACAGCCUCACUAUUUCUAAAAUAAGCUUUAUAGGACACUCCUUGGGAAAUUUAAUAAUCCGCUCAGUCCUUGCGAGACCCAGGUUUAAAUAUUACCUAAACAAGCUGCACACGUUCCUCUCUUUAUCUGGGCCACAUCUGGGGACUCUUUAUAACAGCAGUGCUCUAGUUAACACAGGGUUGUGGUUUAUGCAGAAGUGGAAGAAGUCUGGUUCUUUGUUGCAGCUGACAUGUCGAGAUCACUCUGACCCUCGCCAAACAUUUCUUUACAAGCUGAGUAAAAAAGCAGGGCUUCAGUUCUUUAAGAAUGUUGUCCUUGUGGGUUCACUGCAGGACCGCUACGUUCCCUAUCAUUCUGCUCGGAUUGAGAUGUGUAAAACAGCCUUGAAAGAUAAGCAGUCAGGACCAGUGUAUGCUGAGAUGACGGAGAACUUGCUUUUGCCAGUUCUGCAGAACAAGGAAUGUAAUCUGGUGCGCUAUGAUGUGAUCCAUGCCUUGCCCAACACAGCCAACUCCCUCAUAGGAAGAGCCGCACAUAUUGCUGUUCUGGACUCGGAAAUAUUUCUAGAGAAAUUCUUCCUGGUUGCAGGCCUCAAAUACUUUCAGUAGGUGGACAUUUUGAAGGAAGACAAAAUAAUAAUAAUUACCUCAUGGAGAAGAAACGCAAAAUGGAUGAUAUUGUUGUAUUUGAUUAAUUUUGAGUUUUGAAAGAUAUUUAUACUUUUUAUAAUGGAGGAUAAAUAGAUAAGUGUUUCUAUAUUGUCAUCAAGUUUCUAGUUUAUUUGUGGCUGUGCACAUUGUCUUUUUUAUUUACUUUUUCUAUUGUUUUUUUUUUAUUUUGUAGCAACCAAUGUAUUAUGUACAUUAUGGUGAAAUUUAACUAAAGUACAUUGCAGUUGUUAAUGUUACUGUAUGUUAACGGAAAUAUAUGUUUAAGACAAACCAGCUAUAUG